AUGUCUUUUCAAGUCCCUUACGAGUCCAGUCCACCUGAGACACCCGAGAGAGAUCGCUCUCGCAGCCUCUGGAGCAAUAUCUCAACAACUCCUGCCGGUCCGCCGCCUUCAACAACAACAGGUUCAUUUGCGCAACCGACAACUCAUAUCAAUGGUGGCUCACGCAUCAACUCAUUCACGCACAAUGAGGGCAGCUUUGCUACUAACCAGACCUCUUUCGCCAACAACACACUCUCCAACUCCUUCUUCACCCAAUCUGGAAACAUCAACACAAAUGACAGCAUUUUCGGUUCCUCCUUCGGCUCGACUGAUUAUGCCCCGCCAAAACAAACAAAAGCCCCCUCUUCGCAGCCGCUCGGAAAGUCAAGCUUGCGCUUCGGAAUGACUAAUGGAAGCACAUUCGGCGAAUCACUAGGAUUCGGCGACUCAAACGGAUUUGCUUCCUCGAAAAUGACCGAUUACCAUGAAGAAGAUGAGAUUGAUCAGGAACACCAUCUCCCCGAGGAGGAGUUUGAAGAAGAGGAAGAAAUGGAAGAGGAUCAGGAGGAAGCAGCUGACCCAAUGGAUGAGAGUAUCCAGGAUCCGUCGAAGAAAUUCAACUUCUUAGAUUCGGCUUUCGGAAACCCUUUCCAGUCUGAACCAUCGCUUGGAGCUCAGCGCAAACCCAUAUACUCCAACCCUAGCGACGCCAAGCGACCGAAACUCGAUGAAAAUUGGACCAAGCAAUCACCAAUCCGCAAGAACCUCAACCCGAAGAAAUCGUCCGCCUUGCCUUCCAUUCUACACAACAUCGCUUCUCGUUCGAUGAUUCCCCCCAUUCACGAAAACAACGACUUCAUUCUGAACACCGAAGAAGUCAUUGGCAAGCUUUGCGAUCAGCUGAAGGCGGCAGAGUUCACCCACGUUGACUACGAUGCGGUCCUCGCCAACGUUUCGAAGGAAUUGGUGGAGACUUGGCGAGUUUCCACCGGCGACAAGUUGACGGAUCGUUCAUAUGGCGCCCAUGGGGGUAUUGGACCCGGGGAGCAGGCUCCCGGUCUUGCGAAGGCAAUCUUUUUGGCUUCCUUACUCCUUGAAAUCCACCAUCCUCCCCGCGAAAUCCCCUCGGUUGCUGGUGUCAACCCUAUGCGCACAGCUGGGCUCAUCAAAGCUGUCGGGCGACCGGCCGUCCCCAAGGCGCUUCCCCGUGUGCUGCUAGAAUGGCUUAGUGGCAACCACGCGUCACAAACGAAGGAUCUACAGGCAUUGAAGUACGUGGAGCCAAAUCCUACAGCAUCCACCAACUUCUGGGAUAUUAUCAUCUCAUCUGUGCUGCGCGGCCGGUUGAGCGAUGCAGCAGAGGUUCUCCGCUCGGCGGAUUUCAACUACGCCCGAUCCGCCCUCGAAGACGGACUUCCCCAGCCAGGUUACCGUGGCGCGCAACUACAGAACAUUCAGCGCUGUGUAAACAAGGCUCUUCAGAUCCUAGAGUCGUCCCCCUCCACUCAAAACGCCGACUGGGAUGUUACGGGGCACGAGUGGUCUCAAUACCGCAAGCGCGUUCUUUCCGCUGUCACCGAUCUCGAGACCUUCGCUGAAGGCGAGGAGCGCGACGAAUCCAACGUUCCCGUUCAGGAACCUCGCUUCCAGGCCGUCAACUUCGGAAUGUCUACAUUCGCCAACUUCAACCAAAAAACGACAUCCUUCGCCCAGUCCGCUCGCAUGGCCGAAAGCCGUGUCCCGUGGUCAAUCUACCAGAGUCUGAGAUCUAUCUAUCGGAUUAUCCUAGGCGACCCCUCGGCAAUCAAGAGCAAAUCUCAGGACUGGGUGGAGGCCACGGUCACCUUGACAGCUUGGUGGGAUGGUGAAGAUGACGCCGAAGGGUUGGACUUUGGAGACAACGAAGGCGAUCAAUUCCAAGACUUCUUGCGCUCGCGUGGGCCUAAGAAUCACGUUCGCGCCGUCGACCGCAACAUGCGCGAUGCUUACCGCAACCGCCUAGCACAGGCUCUCAGCCACACUACCACAGACGCUUCCGAUAGUGCAGACUUCCGACCCAACACCAUGAACAGCGUCGAAGUGGGUCUCGCCUCUGUCUUUGAAGGGAAUGUGCAAGGUGUGCUGGAACUGGUGCAGACCUGGUCCCUGUGCGUGGCAGCUGCCACCGCAGAAAUUGCUAGUCAGGGUGGAUGGUUUGAAUCUGGCAGCAGUCAGAAAUCUAUGCCUGGACUCUCGGAGACCGAUCUGAUGGUGCUCUCCUACGGUCAAGUGCCGAAGUCUUCCACAAAACUGCGGAAGGACGAUGUUCUCCGCAAAUAUGCGUUUGCGCUUUACGACCGGCCCGUGAUCGCGGACCAGAACGGUUCACGUGAGGGUUGGGAGCUGUCUCUCGAAGUGUUGAACCGUUUCGACGAUGGCCGCGAGAUGAAGAAGGCUGUGUCUGAAAUUGUUGAUAAGCUUCCAUUGGAAACCCCGGACCAAUUAGAUAGAUUGGUUGUUCUCUGCUCGGAGCUUGAGUUGGAUGACCAAGGACGCAGAGUAUCUGAGCGAUUCGGCGACAUGUUGACCUCGAAAGCUGAGAAUUUCGGCCUCGCUCUGGUGUGCUACGCGCGUGCCCAGAGUCGGCGCAAGGUGAAGUCGGUUGUCGACCUUUUAAUCUCCUACAGCUUGGUGCAAUCCCGCGCAUACCCCGCGACAGCCGAGCUUGACGAGCAGCUGCGUUCCCUCAUGAAGGAACCCAAGGCAUGCCUGUCCUCUAUCGCUCAAAUUGAUGAGGAAGCUGCCCGGAUUCUCCAGUUCUAUCUCAGUGGCUACGCUACUCUACGCCGUUUCUACGAAAUUCGGGACGAGGAAAUUGAAUUGAGCGAAGGACAAAAACCACGGUACAAGCCAUUGGCCCGUCGCCGUGCUGCAGCCCAGGCUCUCACAGCUGUCAUCGGCAGUGCCGCGGAUAACAUCUAUGGAGGCCUGUACGACCCGGACCGCGACUCGGCCGUCCAAGUUGAUGGCCUGCUCGCACUGCUGGGUGAAGCACUGGCAUUUGUGCAACAACCAACCGCUAUCCUUACCGUCUCACAACAAUUCACCAUCCUCUCCGCGAUCGAAGACCUGGAGACUGUGACUCCUCGCGUCUACGCCCAAUGCGAGGAAUGCUUCCACUCCACCCUCCUCGAAUACCACUUCUCCGUCAUCGGGAAUGACAUGCUGGAAUCCCGCACCCGCUCCGGCUCCGGUGCAGGAUCCGUUGGCAGCUCCGCGGUUCUCAUUGGCGCUGACGCCGCUCGAGGCUGGGACUGGCGUGCAGGAUUACCGGAGUCCGGCAAAGGCGAAGAUAUCCUCCGCAUGUUAAGACUCGGCCUGGCUCGUGGAUUGAGCCACGGUGCCCUUGGCGCUGUUUAG